CGUUGUCAAGUUGAUAUUGACAACUUCAAGAAGAGUGAAGGCAAAAUGGGGAGACCAAAAUACUUCACGCCAAAUGAGGUUUCAGUACAUAACACAGCUGAUGAUUUAUGGGUCUCGUUUUUGGGAAAAGUCUACAACUUAACACCCCUGUGUGAAAAAUAUAAAGGAGAUGUUUUGUUGAAACCAAUUAUACAGUCAGCAGGAAAAGAUAUAUCACAUUGGUUUAAUCCAAAAACAAAAGAGAUCCGUACACAUGUAGACCCACAGACUGGAUGUGUCAUUCCAUACUGUCCAAAUGGACGAUUUAUUCACAUUCCCCCACCAUAUCCAGAUGCUGACUGGGCAAAUGAUUUUGGGCGCCCUUGGUGGAGAGAUGAGGGCUAUCUUGUUGGAAUUUUGUCAAAGAAAACACGACACAUUAAGAUAAUAAAUACCUUAACAUCACAAGACCAAGUGAUUGAGGUGUGUUCAGAAGAAACAAUGACAGAGAUUUUGGCCAGAUAUCUCCGAUACAAUGCCCAUGCUGCCAGCUACACAUGGAAGUAUGAUGGCAGAAAUCUGGAUAUGGACAAAACGCUGGAAGACAAUGGUAUUCCAGAUGAGGAUGAAGAGUUCUAUAAACUCAGUAUGAACGAUGACACAUUCCUCCAGGCAAUCCAUCUGUACUUCAAUGAUGACUUAACAGAGGCAUAAAACUGUCAUUUGUUGAAUUUUUUAUUGUAAAUAUAUAUGUCAAACUGUUAUAACUAUGUACUUGUAAAAAUUAUAUAAAUGAAGGAUUCAUC